AGGCUGAAAGUACAUUUGGGCUUGGGUCUUGGUAGACGACGAAGAACAGUAACGAUUAGACGAUGUCGUAUUGAAGAAACACACACAGAGUCUGAGUCGGAGAUCAUACCGGAGGGCGACGAAUAUUUCCAUCAGCUGUCCUUUUGCUCUUCUUUACUCGCCGGAUGUGUCUUUUAACUUCCGAUUAACUCUGUACUCAAUAGCCCUCAGGUCAUAUUGAUCCAAUUCAAGUAUUCUUUCGAUGGUGGCGCCUUGGCAGUGGGAAAACGGCACCGCCGGCGCCGUCGCGGGAUUCACCACCGUUGCUGCGAUGCACCCACUUGAUGUUGUUCGUACGAGGUUCCAAGUGAACGAGGGGAGAGGGUUAAGUAGUCUCCCGACGUACAAGAACACAGCUCACGCUCUCUUCACCAUUACCCGUAUCGAGGGAUUGAGAGGACUUUAUGCAGGUUUCUUCCCUGCUGUCAUCGGUUCUACUCUUUCAUGGAGCUUAUACUUCUUUUUUUAUGGAAGAGCCAAACAGAGAUACGCUAGAGGCGGCAGGGACGAUGAGAAACUCAGCCCUGCUCUUCACCUUGCUUCUGCUGCUGAAGCUGGAGCCUUGGUCAGUUUAUGCACAAAUCCUAUUUGGCUUGUCAAAACAAGACUACAGCUUCAGACACCUCUUCAUCAAACCCGACCUUACUCCGGCCUAUUAGAUGCCUUUAGAACCAUAAUGAAAGAGGAAGGACCCAGGGCUCUCUACAAGGGUAUUGUCCCUGCUCUUGUACUGCAGGUUUCUCAUGGUGCUAUUCAGUUCACAGCGUAUGAAGAACUCCGUAAAGUCAUUGUGGAUUUCAAAGAAAGGAGAAGAAAAUCUGAAUCCACCGCUGAUAAUUUAUUGAACUCGGCAGAUUAUGCUGCACUUGGAGGCUCCUCCAAAGUCGCUGCAGUUCUUCUUACAUACCCCUUUCAGGUUAUUCGAGCAAGAUUACAGCAACGACCUAGUACCAACGGAAUGCCAAGAUAUAUAGACAGCUUACAUGUCAUAAGAGAAACCGCAAGAUUUGAGGGUUUCAGAGGUUUCUACAAGGGUUUAACUGCUAACCUUUUGAAAAAUGUGCCUGCUUCUUCCAUCACAUUCAUUGUGUUUGAAAACGUUCUGAAGUUGCUGAAACAACCUCCAUCGAAAUAAAGCAACAGAAGGAUCAGGUUGACAGCAGCUUUAAAGACAGCUUCCUCCUCUUUUAGAGAAUACUAUGUCGGAAGCCAUUGCACUAGGGGCAUUCAUCCAACUUUCUCCAAGAACCAAGAGGGAACACCAAGCGCUCUUCAAGGAUUCUGGCCACCAGAAAAGUCCCAAACCUCUUUCCUAAUAGACCACUAGUAUUGUGUUUUGAAAGGGGAAUGCAGUCUCAUAAAACAUAUGUCGCCUAUAAGCCAAGAAAGCUGGUAGACUUGUUGAACUAAGACUAGUCAAAAUCAUCAUUGUUAUUUUUA